AUGAAGAUUCUCACCAAGGAAGAAGAGCAGGAGCACUACAACGCUACCGUCUAUGGAGGUACUGUCGGUGGUCUGCUUGGUCUAGCAGCUGGUACUGUUGGUGUGCUGGGCGCCAGCAGGAGAUACCCUGCUUUCCGUGGCCUUUCGCUACCAUUCCGCGCCUUCCUGAUCACCAGCGGUGGUACUUUCGCCGCCAUCAUCCAGGCCGAUCGCUACUCUCGCCAAUACGAGGCUGCCCGCCAUCCCGAGAAGAGUUACACCGACCAGCAGCAAACCGUGCAAGAACAGCUCGAGUCGCAGAAGCCCUUUUCGCAGCGCGCAAUGGAUUGGGGAAACAAGAACCGCUACAGUAUCGUCUUUGGCUCGUGGGUCGCUUCCAUCGUCGGUGCUUUUGGCAUUGUCGGCCGCAACCCCUACCUCAGUGGCCAACAGAAGCUCGUCCAGGCUCGUGUCUACGCUCAGGGUCUGACGUUGGCUGUCGUCAUUGCCAGUUUGGCGCUCGAGGCCAAGGACAAGAACCAGGGCGAGGGCCGCUGGGAGACUGUCAAGGUCCUCGACCCUAACGACCCUACUCACAAGCACGUCAUUGAGAAGAAGAUUCACCACGAGAGUUACAAAGGCGAAGAUCAAUGGAUGGACAUGGUCGCUGCCGAGGAAGAGCGUCUGAAGGAGCGCGAGGCUGCCAGCAAGCAAAGACAAUCUGCAGAGCACAAGAAGGACGACAAGAAAGAAGACAAGAAGGACGACAAGAAGAAGGAGAAGCAAGCCAACUAA